AUGGCUGCCUCGCACGUCCCCCCUCAUACACAUACGCACUCUCAUUCCCACGCCCACGACGCCGGCUCUCAUGGCCACACGCACGACAUCCUGGAUGGCCCGGGGUCAUUCCUGAACCGCGAAAUGCCAGUGGUCGACGGCCGCGACUGGAACGACAGGGCGUUCACAAUUGGGAUCGGAGGGCCAGUUGGAUCGGGCAAAACGGCUCUUAUGCUGCAGCUCUGCUUGGCCCUGCGAGAUAUUUACAACGUUGCUGCUGUGACGAAUGAUAUUUUCACCAGAGAGGACGCUGAGUUCCUCACUCGCAAUAAAGCUCUCUCCCCUGAGCGUAUCCGUGCCAUCGAAACCGGGGGGUGCCCGCAUGCUGCUGUUCGCGAAGACAUCAGUGCUAAUCUUCUUGCUCUCCAGCAACUCCAGCGCAAGUUCCAAACCGACCUGCUCCUCAUCGAGUCAGGCGGUGAUAAUCUAGCAGCAAAUUACUCUCGCGAGCUGGCAGAUUAUAUAAUCUAUGUUAUUGAUGUUGCUGGUGGGGAUAAGAUCCCGCGUAAGGGUGGCCCCGGAAUCACCGGAAGUGACUUGCUAGUCGUGAAUAAGACAGAUUUGGCAGAGGCUGUUGGGGCAGAUCUAGCCGUAAUGGAAAGAGAUGCGGCGAAGAUGAGGGAAGGAGGACCAACCAUUUUUGCGGAGGUGAAGAAUGGCAGAGGUGUUGAGCAUAUUGUGAAUUUGAUUGUCAGUGCGUGGAAGACAACCGAGGCGUAUGAAAUUAGCCUUGCAAGAUGGAAGAACGGGGCGCCGAAGACUUCAGGACCUGUGUAG